UGUGCAUUUAUUUGUGUGUGUGCAGUAUAAAGCCAUCAAUCAACAUGUUGUUUGGUGUGUUUUCAGGUGGCAUGCCAUCAUUGUGGACGGCCACAGUGUGGAAGAGCUGUGUAAAGCCAUGAGCCAACCCCGCCACCAGCCCACUGCCAUCAUCGCCAAGACCAUCAAGGGCAAAGGCAUUCCUGUGGCAGAAGAUAAGAUGGGAUGGCAUGGCAAGGUGCUGUCAAAGGACAUGGCAGAGAGCGUCAUGAGAGACAUCCAGAGCCGCAUCCUAAACAGUAACAAGCGCAUGUACCCGACCUCACCCGUUGAAGAUGCUCCACCCGUGAGCCUGCGCAAUGUCCGCAUGCCCAGCGCUCCCAACUACAAGCCUGGAGAGAAGAUUGCCACCUGCAAGGCAUAUGGGAUGGCCUUGGCCAAACUGGGACGUUACAACGAGCGAGUGGUGGCUAUGGAUGUCGACACCAAAAAUUUCACCUACUCUGAAAUCUUUAAAAAUGAGCAUCCCAACCGCUUUAUUGAGUGCUACAGCGCAGAGCAGAACAUGGUCAGUGUUGCCACGGGCUGUGCCGCACGUGAGCGAAACAUCGUGUUCGCCAGCGGCCUGGCUACUUUCUUCACCCGCGCCUAUGACCAGCUCCGCAUGGCCGCCAUCUCAGACAGCAACAUAAACCUCUGCGGCUCCCAUUGUGGCCUGUCUGUCGGACAGGACGGACCGGCGCACAUGGGGCUGGAGGACAUGGCUAUUUUUAGAGCCAUCCCCACUGCCACCAUUUUCUACCCCAGUGAUGCCAUGUCCACUGAAAAGGCUGUGGAGCUUGCAGCCAACACUAAGGGUGUUUGCUACAUCAGGACCACUCGUCCAGAGACUGCAAUCAUUUACAACAGCAAUGAGGACUUCCACGUUGGCCAAGCCAAGGUGGUGUGCCAGAGUAAGGAAGAUCAGGUUACAGUGAUCGGAGCUGGAAUGACCCUCCAUGAAGCUCUAGCUGCAGCUGAGCUCCUCAAAAAAGAGAAAAUUUACAUCAGAGUGAUCGAUCCAUUUACAAUCAAACCCCUGGAUGCCAAAACCAUCAUCGACCAUGUGCGCGUCACCAGGGGUCGUGUCAUCACGGUUGAGGACCACUAUUAUGAAGGUGGCCUGGGGGAGGCGGUGUGCUCCGCGAUCGUGAACGAGCCUGGUUUCACUCUCCAGCGUCUGGGCGUGGCUCACGUUCCCCGCAGCGGCAAAAUGUCCGACCUGCUCAAAAUCUACGGCAUCGACCGCGACUCCAUCGCACAGAUGGUCAGGAAGAUGCUCAGCAGCUCGGCCAACGCCAAGUGAACCUGUUCGCUUUGCCCCGCCCACUCCAUCCAAAUCCAUCGAAAAACCAGCUCCACAAGCACGGUCACAUGACUCCUCUUCAGAUUGUGACCCUUCCCUCCACCUCUUUCACUGUGAAUGACCCUAAUGUGAGUAUAAUAGUAAUGUGAGAUACGUGCUGUACAUUUUGAAGUAAUGUUCACAUUUGAUUUUUCUUUUUUGUUUUCCUUACAAAUACACUACUGUUUAAAAGCUCGGGGUACGAUAUUUUGAAAAAAGAAA